CAGCACAGCAAACCAUUCCCUCAUGAGCACCACCCAUAUUAUUUAGUUUUACACCUGGGAACCCGUGCGAUCUCUGCCUCGAUGCGCUUCUUCUAACAAUCUUUAGAAGCUGACAAUGAAUAAGGAGGACAAAGGAAGCCCAAUGGAGACAGAGGAGCCAGGCAAAGACCAGGGAGAGGAGGAAGAGGAGGAGGAGGAAGAGGAAGAGGAAGAGGGAGAAAAUGCCAAAGGUCUUGAAUUGCUCCUUAAAAAACUCAAGUCAGACAAACCUGCUGUGCCAAUGGACAGCAACCUCUCUCUGUCAAGGCCUGAGAGCGACGGGGAGGACAGCUCGGAGUUCACCAGAGAGCGCGUCUUUAAAGCGGCCUCUCAGGGGAACAAAUCGGAGCUGAUCGGCCUGCUCGACUUCCUGCUGGCUAAUCAUAAACAACUUACAAGCUCAGAUUUCAUAGAUGAAACAAAUGGGAAAACUGCCCUCCUGAAAGCGUUGCUGAACAUAAAAGAUGGCAAAAACGAGGCUGUUGAGGUCCUCCUGGACAUAGCGGACAAAACUGGGGAUUUAAAAGAGCUGAUCAACUCGUCUUAUACUGAUCCGUGUUAUAAAGGUCAGACGGCCUUGCACAUCGCCAUAGAGAGGCGGAGCUUCGAGUACGUGAAGCUGCUGGUCCAGAAAGGUGCAGAUGUGCAGGCAAAAGCCAACGGCUCGUUUUUCCAGCAUGGAUCAAAACGGGGCUUUUAUUUUGGCGAGCUUCCUCUUUCACUGGCUGCCUGCACCAACCAGCUAGAGACCGUGUGCUUCCUGAUGGAAAACCCUCACAGGAACGCCGACGUGACGGACAGAGACUCGCAAGGAAACACCGUCCUGCACACUCUGGUGAUCAUAGCAGACAGCAAGGCAGAAAACACAGAAAUGGCUGCAAAGAUUUACGACGAAAUCCUGAUUCGGCACUUUAAGCUCCAGAAACACACGGGUGUUCAGCUGGAACUGAUUGAAAACCAUCAAGGGCUGACUCCUCUGAAACUGGCUGCCAAGCUCGGCAAGAUUGGAAUGUUCAGACACAUGUUGACUCGUGAGUUCAUGGAUGAAGAGGCCAGGCCGCUGUCCAGGAAGUUCACAGAAUGGGUCUACGGUCCGGUUCACUCCUCGCUAUAUGACAUGAGUUCCAUCGACACGGACGAAAACAACUCUGUCUUAGAGAUCAUCGUCUUUGGGAGUCAAAUACCGAAUCGCCCCGAGAUGCUCCGGAUCGAACCUCUGCGCAGUCUUCUCCGGGACAAGUGGGAAAGAUUUGCUUCCAAGUUAUUCC